GACUCUCCUCCGCUCUCCUCGCUCAAUCGCAGCUGUCUUUUUUUAUUAUUAUUCUGCGAGGAGAGGACCGCUUGUCGUUUUCGCCCAGCUACAGCAUUUUGAGAGACUUUUCGAGAUUCGGAGAGAUUCGAGAUUUUUGCUUUUGCUGCCCACAAAAGAGUCUAUGCUCCACAAAAGACACAGGGCUGGUCGUUUCUCCGAGCCAGAGAGGGCUGCCGUGCGUCCUGGUGAUGAGGUUGGUGGCGCACAGCCGACAAAGCAUUAAAGGAAUCCCUCUACAUCUGAAGAAACCGCCCCAGUAAGGGAACAGGAGAGAGGGGGGAAGAGCUGCAGGAACUAGUGUGGGCUGGGACGCUGUCAUUUCGACUAGGAUGCAUCUCUUCAGUGCCAUGUUCCUACUUGUGAUGUUAGCUGUCAUGCCCUGUGAGGCACUGUACCCGAGCCCAGAGGAGGGCUGGCAGAUCUACAGCUCUGCACAGGACGCAGAUGGGAAGUGUAUCUGUACUGUGGUCGCACCAGCCCAGAACAUGUGUAACCGCGACCCACGCAGCAGGCAGCUUCGCCAGCUCAUGGAGAAGGUUCAGAACAUCAGCCAGUCUAUGGAGGUGCUUGACUUGCGGACAUACAGGGACCUGCAGUAUGUGAGGAACACCGAAAGUCUCAUGAAAGCCGUGGAUGGAAAGUUGAAGACGGCCUCUGAAAACCCACGCAGUCUCAAUCCAAAGAGCUUUCAGGAGUUGAAGGACAAGGUGACCCAGCUUCUCCCCCUGUUGCCGGUGCUGGAGCAGUACAAAGCUGACGCCAAGAUGAUCCUGCGUCUUCGGGAGGAGGUGAGGAACCUGUCUUUGGUGCUAAUGGCCAUCCAGGAAGAGAUGGGUGCCUACGACUAUGAGGAGCUCCGCCAGAGAGUCCUACUGCUGGAGACCAGGCUCCACUCCUGCAUGCAGAAACUAGGCUGUGGGAAGCUCACUGGCGUCAGUAAUCCCAUCACAGUGCGUGCAUCAGGAUCGAGAUUCGGCUCCUGGAUGACUGACACCAUGAUUCCCAGCUCAGACAACAGAGUGUGGUCCAUGGACGGUUACUUCAAGGGCCGGCGUGUCUUGGAAUACCGUACCAUGAGUGACUUUAUGAAGGGCCAAAACUUUGUGCAGCACUUGCUGCCUCACCCCUGGGCAGGCACUGGCCAUGUGGUCUACAACGGCUCCCUAUACUACAACAAGUACCAGAGCAACAUCAUCAUUAAGUACCACUUCCGCUCCCGCAGUGUGCUGGUGCAGCGCAGCCUGAGCGGGGCAGGCUACAACAACACCUUCCCUUACUCCUGGGGCGGCUCCUCUGACAUUGACCUGAUGGCAGAUGAAAAUGGCCUCUGGGCCGUUUACACCACCAUCCCAAAUGCUGGGAACAUCGUCAUUAGCCGCCUUGAGCCCCAGAGUCUGGAGGUGCUGCAGACCUGGGACACGGGCUUCCCCAAACGCAGUGCUGGAGAGUCCUUCAUGAUCUGUGGCACACUGUAUGUCACCAACUCCCACCUGGCUGGUGCCAAGAUCUACUUUGCAUACUACACCAACACAUCAAGCUAUGAGUACACAGACAUCCCCUUCCACAAUCAAUAUUCCCACAUCUCCAUGAUGGACUACAACCCCAGGGAGAGGGUCCUGUACACCUGGAACAACGGACACCAGGUGCUGUACAACGUCACACUGUUCCAGGUCAUUAAGACUUCCGGGGACUGAGAGCCCCCAGUGUGACCCACUCAACUAACGCUGUGAUCAUUGUUGGGGUGGGGUGGGGCAAAGGAGCGGGCUGGAGAUUGGUUGGUGUGGGGGUUGUGGGAGGGUUGUGGGGUUCAGUGUAGGGGCAUAAGCGUGGAUUUUUUUAAAAAGAAUUUCAAUCUUCAUAGAGUGCUAUUAUUCACAUUCUGAAAAAACACACCCCGACAGCACGGUCGGUAAAGAUAUAUGGACGGAGCGCUUCUCUUCUUUUUUUUUUUGUUUUGUUCUUUCUGUGAUGAGUAAGCAUGGUUCUUUUUAUUUGUGAUGAGAAAUAAAUAUCAACCUUUACCAUUUA